CUCUUCACUGUAUGGUCUGAGAGACCUCACUCCUGACAUCACCACCUCACCUGCGCGGCACAGGGUGGACAGAACGCGGCAUGCGGUGUCCUCUGGGCGCCGGCUACGGCCACAGCCCUGCCUGGAAGACGCUGCUUCUCACAGGCAGCCUGCUGGCAUUCUGUACCGGCCCUGCCUCCUCAGAGCUGCCCUCCUCUGCGUCUCUGGACCCCUUGACUGAAGGAGCUGAUGCCCACCUGCCUGUCCCCAGAAGCCUCGGGGAUGUUCUUUCCACCUCUUGGUUCCGAGGGCACGAGGCCCGGCCAGAAGCCAUGAUCUUCUCCCCUAAGGGCUUCCCAGGGCCCGGCCACACUGGCCGGGAGACGCUGGACCCCCAAGGCAGCCUGAUCAUCAGAAACGUGACAACUCAAGACGCAGGCAGCUACACUGUGGUGCUGGAGACCAGCAGGGGACGCAGGAGUGCGACGGAACAGAUACAUGUCAAGGCCAGCUCCAGUGGGGUGCCGCUGAUGACAUUCCCGGGGAACAGUCAGGGUAUCAUCCAGAGCGAACUCAACUACUCGGUGAUCCUGCAGUGGGUGGCUUCCAUCGACCCUGAACCUGUGCUACGAUGGACCCUCAACGGCUCGCUUUGUGGGACCGGGAAGAAAAUGAUUAUCCAAAGGUUGUCCUUGAAGGAUCUGGGCACCUAUGUAUGCUUGGCAGAGAAUAGUGAGGAGGUGUAUUUCUCCCAGCCUGUGACGGUCAUGCUGCCACGUCUGACUGACAAAUCGGUGAACUUUUUGGGGAUUUUUUUUUUCAGUUUAAAUAAAUUGAAAAAAAUUUUUAAAUAAAUAAAUCUAGACAAAAAGAGAAAUUGAAGUUCCUGUCGUGGCUCAGUGGCUAAAGAACCUGACUAGCAUCCAGGAGGACUCGGGUUGGAUCCCUGGCCUCGCUCAGUGGGUUAAGGAUCUGGCGUGGCCAUGAGCUGUGGGGUAGGUCGCAAAUGCAGCUCAGAUCCCACGUUGCUGUGGCUGUGGUAUAGGCCAGCGGCUACAGCUCCGAUUCGACGUCUAGCCUGGGAACCUCCAUAUGCCAGCUGUGUGGCCCUAA